AUGUUAUAUAAUAUAAAUCCUUAUAGUAGUAUGUUUAGACAAGUCAGUAACAUACAUAGAUUAGAUUCAUCUUUAGAUUUAAAAAUGAUUAUUACUAAUAAUAGAAGAGAAGAUCCUAGGCAUUAUAAUAUUCCUACUAUAUCAGAAAUUGCAGUUAUUAUGAUUAGUGAUAAACAAACUAAUAAGCUAUUUAAUUAUGAUAGUGUUUACACUUAUGUGAAAAAAGAUUACAAAGAAUAUCAGAGCUACAUCCUUGUUUCUUUUUCUUCAUCUUCACUUCAAAGUUCUAUAAACAAUAGAGAUCAUUUAAAUAUUAAUAAAGAUAAAUUAAAUAUUUUAAGAAAACAUAUAAAUGUUAUGAAUUAUGUUACUUACAGAUUACAUCUUGAUUGCCUGAGUGAAGCUGUAGUCCUAUAUCAAUUUAGAUAG